CCGCGUACGUCAGUCAUACAGGGUUAUCGCAAUGCUCAAUUAGUACCGAUAAUUCGACGAAUUUUCAUCAAGCUUCACUCUCAAACUUCACAUCGUCGCGAACCACCAACCAAGAAGAUAUUUUGUUCGUCGUUUCAAAGAACGCGCGAGAAUAACAGAAAAUAAUAAGUCAUCGAAGAACCACCACCUUAAAAGAAUAGUGACACUAAACCACCCAACCAACAAUCCCCUCGGCGCGCAUCGGGGCCGCCAAAAAAGAGAAGAAAAUGUCUCCAACCCCGGAAUCCAUCAAACUCGCACCUCUCCCCCCCUUCAAACCCGACCUCUACCAGCGCGCCUGGCAAUCGAUACCGCACCCCACACUCCCGCUCCUCGCGACCGCGCACCAAAAAUCCGUAACCGUCUUCUCGCUCUCAACGCUCACAGCACAUUCCGCGCUAACCAACGGCCACGAGCGCUCCGUGCGCUCCACAACCUGGAAGCCGAACCUGCCGCCUCACAAACUAUGUCUCGUAACCGGCAGCUUCGACUCGACGGCGGGGUUAUGGCGAUGGACGGACGAAGGCGCCGGGGAUCUCGAGGUCGAAGUCACGAACAACACCAGCGACUCCGACGGGGAAAAGGGGGGUGAUAAAGACUGGGAGCUGAUAAUCAUCCUCGACGGACAAGACUCGGAGAUUAAAUCCGUGUCGUUCUCGCCGACGGGACAGUUCCUGGCGACGUGUAGCCGGGACAAAUCCGUCUGGGUAUGGGAGGACGUAGGCGCGAGCGAGGACGACGACGAGUGGGAGACGGUGGCGGUGCUGAGUGAGCACGAAGGCGAUGUUAAGGCCGUGGCGUGGUGUCCGGAGACGAAUCGCGCGGGGAGAGGGCGGUACAGUAGCGAUGUGCUUGCGAGCGCGAGUUAUGAUAACACGGUGCGUGUGUGGCGCGAGGAGGGCGAGCAGGAGUGGGUUUGUGUUGCCGUGCUUGAGGGACACACGGGCACGGUUUGGGGGGUUCAGUGGGAGCCGAAGCCUAGAGGGACUGGGUUUCCGCGGAUUAUGUCGUGGAGUGCGGAUAAGACGGUGCGGAUAUGGUCGCUUAAGGAAGAGGAGGAGGAAGAACAGCCGCAGCAUGCGUGGGGUGGUGGUUUGGGCGGUAUUCCGAAUACGAUGCGUAGAAGCUUAAAGGAGGAGUGGACGUGUACGGCUGUGUUGCCGCAGGCGCAUACGAGGGAUAUAUACUCGGCUACGUGGAGCUCGGAGACGGGUAUGGUGGCGAGUACGGGGAGCGAUGGGGUUAUCGCUGUUUACACAGAGAGUGAGGAGACAGGUCCGAAUGGUACGGUGGAGGAUGAAGCCGCAGCGGAGCUCGAUGGCGAUGUUCCUAUGACUAACGGCCAUACGGAAGAGAAGCCAGAACAGAGUAAGAGAUGGAAGGUCGUUUCGACGAUAUCAGCUGUGCAUGGACCAUACGAAGUCAACCAUAUAACUUGGUGUAAGAGGUAUGACCAAGGAUGUCCGCCGGAGAGAAGAGGUAUCGAGGAGAUGCUAGUUUCGACUGGAGAUGAUGGCAUUGUUCGACCAUGGCAGAUUAUACAAUCAUGAUCGCCGAGAAGGCACUUGAUCUGAAAGAUGUCAGUCUGAAGACUGAUCGAGUGUAUUGCUCAAAACUGUACAUAAUUGCUGGGAAGGCUGAAUACCACAUGCAUUGAAAGGAAGCAUAUCACUUGCAAUCUUACGCCAUGAACAGAUCAAGCCCAGAAAACAAUUAACAAUUCUCUCAU